ACUCUCCUGGGGCUUCCGCUGCCUCCGCGUCGUGCCGUCGCUUCCCCCUGCUGCCCAAGCGCCGGAGGCUCCUGCGGAGCGGUUGCAAGUCCCGCGGCACCGCAGAGGCCUCCGCCGGCGAUGGCCGGCGAGGAGGCGCCGCUGGGUGCGCUCAACCUGGACGAGUACGCCCCCGCCGGCGCGCGCACCGUCGACUGCUACAGGCGCAUCCGCAAGAUCGGCGAGGGCACCUACGGCGAGGUAUUUGAGGCUGUGGAUAUUAUUACUGGGGAAAGAGCAGCACUUAAGAAAAUAAAACUGGAUGAUGGCAAAGAAGGGUUUCCACGCCAAAUCUUGCGUGAGAUUAAACUAUUAAAAAAGCUGGAUCAUGAGAACAUCAUCAGAUUGAAAGAGAUUGUAGUAUCUCCUGGUUCUGCACAUGGAACAGGAGGAUCAGAUAAUAAUCAGAUGUAUAGGGGAGAUAUCUAUAUGGUUUUUGAAUACAUGGACCAUGAUUUGAAGAAAGUAUUGCACCAUAGUACCCCAUCCCAAGUCAAGGUUUAUAUGGGCCAGCUGCUAAAAGGAUUGCACUACUGCCAUGUCAAUAAUGUACUUCAUCGUGAUAUCAAAGGGGCUAAUCUUCUAAUAAGUGGUGGUAAGCUUUUGAAGCUCGCUGAUUUUGGCCUUGCAAGGCCAUUUACUAGAGAAGGAACUUUGACAAAUCAUGUCAUCACUUUAUGGUACCGACCCCCGGAGUUGCUUCUUGGUGCCACAAAUUAUGCUGAAGCUGUGGAUAUUUGGUCUGUUGGUUGCAUUUUUGCUGAAUUUUUGCUUAAAAAACCAUUGUUUCCUGGCAGAACGGAGCAAGACCAGCUGUCCAAAAUAUUUGAACUCUGUGGAUCUCCAAAUGAGGAAAACUGGCCAGGUGUAUCCAAGCUACCAUUGUACAAGACUAUGGCUAUCCAUCCUGUGACGCCUACCAAGCGACGCCUGAGAGAUAUGUUACAGAACUUCGACUAUCAUGCUGUCGAUUUAAUUGAACGCAUGUUGAUCCUUAAUCCUACACAGAGAAUUUCUGCACAAGAUGCUCUUGAUGCGGCAUACUUCAUCAACUAAACUUAUGUGUAGAUCGAGUUUUUUUGACCUUAUCAGACCUUGUCUGGUGAUCUCAUUGGUGUAAGUACUACAUGAAGACUGAAGUCUUGUUUCUCCUGCUGACCUUGGGUUAGGGCUAGCGAGCAGUUUUAACUUUGUCUGUUUUAGCUCUAAACAUAUAUAUAUAGAUACAUUGUUACUCGUGUCAAACUGUAAUUGAUCAUCAAUUCAUUGCAAGUAAUGCUUCUUGGUAUAAUUUCAUA